AUGCCCCAACUGUCACCAGUCGCACCAAUGCAUGGUUUCAGAGGAUGCCCUGUCAGACUGGAGAAGAUCUGGAGGAUAAAGGGCAUAACUCCACCACCUGCAAGACCUCAAGACCGCCAGCCGCCCCCAAGACGACCUCCAACCGAACCAAGGAUUGAUCCCAGGACCAACCUACCUCCUCCACCACAAACACCUCAUCCUUUUAACCAACAAAAACCUCGUCAUUAUAUCCCCAACCCCUCAUCCUUUCCUUCCCUCCAACCUCCAAUUCCCAAACCCCUUCCAACACCCCCGACCCCUAAGGUAAUUCCCCCAACCCCUCAGGUUGUACCCCCAGCCUUUGUACCGCCGACAAUGCCGACUCCUGCUCGUGUUGAAGCAGGAACUCAGACAGAAGAACCUACAGUUGAAGAAAUGGAAAUCCACACACCGGCUGUAGCUCCCAUUUUGAAUAAGGAAAUGGGAACACAGACAGAGGACUUCCCAGUUAAGCAAGACAUGAAACCCAGACCUGCAAAGUAA